AUGCGGGCCAACUCGGGCCAGCAGCAGCAGCAGCAGCUUUGCACCAACGACUGCCUUGCUUGCCGGCCUGAGGAAGGAACCCGUCGUCUGCUUGGGCGUCCCCGUUCUUCGUCUGCGUGCGCCACGCAGUUCGUCUGCAACUGCACGCUGCAGAAGAAGCCCGUUCCGCGUGGAAACACUAACGACGGUCGAGAUUCCCGGUGUACGAUUACGCCACCUGGCGUACGUGCUCUGCGCUGGCUACCUGCCUGCCGAAGACGCCGUGCUUAUCCCUAUAGAUGCCGGUGUAGAGUCGCUGCAAGGACAGCAGGACACCCAGCUAAAGGGUGGGAGCGUUGGUCCGGCGAGCCGGUGUCCUCGGAGCCAUCAGCCCCUGCUGCCUACAGCCAGACCCCAGACCCUACUGCCAGACCCUACUGCCAGACUUUACUGCCAGACCCUACGGCCAGACCCUACGGCCAGACCCUACGGCCAGACCCUACGGCCAGACCCUACGGCCAGACUCUACGGCCAGACUCUACGGCCAGACUCUACGGCCAGACUCUACGGCCAGACUCUACGGCCAGACUCUACGGCCAGACUCUACGGCCAGACUCUACGGCCAGACUCUACGGCCAGACCCUACAGCAUACACCGCUGUCGUUCUUGGCAAUGACAGAAUUCGCAGACACGCCGUAACUCUGAUACGCGUGGUUUCUUGGAGCG